AUGGCACCCAAGGAGUCGUGGAUCGCCAUCGGCUGCGAGGGCUCAGCCAACAAGCUGGGCAUCGGCGUCAUCCUCCACACUCCCACCAAGACCACCAUCCUCUCCAACCUCCGCCACACCUUCGUCUCCCCUCCCGGCACCGGCUUCCUCCCCAAGGACACGGCCGCCCACCACCGCUCCCACUUCGUCUCCCUGGCCCGCGCCGCCCUCGCUGAGGCCGCCGUCUCCCCCGCCGACGUCGACUGCGUCUGCUUCACCCAGGGGCCCGGCAUGGGCGCGCCCCUGACCUCCGUCGCCGUCGCCGCCCGCGCCCUCUCCAUCCUCUGGGGGAAACCCCUCGUCGGCGUCAACCACUGCGUCGGCCACAUCGAGAUGGGCCGCGAGAUCACGGGCGCCGACAACCCCGUCGUCCUCUACGUCAGCGGCGGCAACUCCCAGGUCAUCGCCUACGCCGAGCAGCGCUACCGCAUCUUCGGCGAGACCCUCGACAUCGCCGUGGGCAACUGCCUCGACCGCUUCGCCCGCACCCUGCGCAUCAGCAACGACCCGGCCCCCGGCUACAACAUCGAGCAGCUCGCCAAGAGGGGCACCCGCCUCGUCGAGCUGCCCUACGCCGUCAAGGGCAUGGACUGCUCCUUCUCGGGAAUCCUCGCUGCCGCCGACGCCCUCGCCGCCCAGAUGUUCGCGGGGAAGGCCGACUUCACCCCGGAGGACCUCUGCUUCUCCCUGCAGGAGACCGUCUACGCCAUGCUCGUCGAGAUCACCGAGCGCGCCAUGGCCCACGUCGGCAGCAGCCAGGUCCUCGUCGUCGGCGGCGUGGGCAGCAACGAGAGGCUGCAGCAGAUGAUGGGCGAGAUGGCCAGGGAGCGCGGCGGGAGCGUCUUCGCCACCGACGAGCGGUUCUGCAUCGACAAUGGCAUCAUGAUUGCCCACGCCGGGCUGCGGGCUUUCAGAUGCGGGUACACGACCCCGAUAGAGGAGAGCACAUGCACCCAGCGGUUCAGAACCGACGAGGUGUUCGUGGAGUGGAGGGACUGA